GUUGCCGGAAGCGAAUUACACAGGCGAAACCAUACGGUUGUGUGGACGUAUCUGUUAACUAUCUGUAUUCAGAUAACACCAAGCUGGCUAUAUUUGUGUUUGGGAUCCGCAGGUUUUCGCAGAAUUUGCCUCUGUGUGCUUGCCGGCGGUGUGUCUCCUAGAGAAGGAAUUAAUAGGCUGCUCCUUAUUAUCUAGGCAGUGCAUUUUCCCUGCAAGUACAUCUGUCGGGUAGCCAGUCUGUCGGCGCAGGCAUCACACUGUUCAGCUGACAAGGCUGAAGAUUUGACGUUAACAUGAUUAAAUUACGACCGCUUUUGAGUACUUUGUCAAGCGUACGAAUGCCGCUUGUCGCCAAUAACAAACGUUGGUCUGACAAGUGUAAGCACCUACGGUGUUUUCAAACGGCCGGUAAGAUGAAUCCAGAGCAGCAUCCGAACGAUCGGCCGUCGGGGGCGAACGAGCUGCUGAAAAGGGGCGCUGAAAGCGAAGGUAACGCGGAGGACGCUGCGAUACACGCAGAAAAGAAACAGAAGGUUUGCGAGGAUCAGCCCCGCAACGAGAAGAAAUUCAGUCAAAGAAAAGUUGUCCUUCUCCUGGCGUACUCGGGCAAAGGGUAUUAUGGCAUGCAGAGAACUGGCUGUUCCCAGUUUACAGCGAUCGAAGACGAACUGGUUCCGGCCCUUGUGAAGUCGGGAUGUAUUCCAGAGAAUCAUGGUCAGGACAUGAAGAGCAUGUCAUUUCAGAGAUGUGCAAGGACAGACAAGGGAGUGUCAGCGGCAGGGCAAGUGGUGUCUCUGAAGCUGUGGCUGAUUGAUGAUGCCGUGGACAAGAUUAACGCUCAACUACCAGAACAGAUUAGAGUGUUAGGCCUGAGACGAGUGACCGCUAGCUUUGACUCUAGGAAGUGCUGUGACGCCCGGACGUACUCCUACCUGCUCCCAACCAUCGCCUUCGCGCCCAAAGAUCUGGUCCACAACGACACCAGCUACCGUCUGGGGAGCGAGGGCCUCCAGAGGGUCAACCAGCUGUUCUCCCACUUCAAGGGCUCCCACAACUUCUACAACUUCACCUCCCAGAAGGCCUGGCAGGAUGACAGCGCCCGCCGCUACAUCAUGGACAUGGCCUGCGACGAGCCCUUCGUGCACGACGACGCCGAGUUCUCCGUCGUCAAGGUGACGGGCCAGAGCUUCAUGAUGCACCAGAUCCGCAAGAUGGUGGGGCUGGUGAUCACAGUGGCCAAGGGCUACGCCGGCGAAGAGGUGAUGGAGAGGUGCUGGGGCGAGAAGAGGGUGGACAUCCCCAAGGCUCCAGGGCUGGGGCUGGUGCUGGAGCGCGUGCACUUCCCUAACUACAACCGCCGCUUCGGCGGGGAUGGCCUGCACGAGCCGCUGGACUGGAGCCGGGAGGAGGGCGCCAUUGCCGCCUUCAAGGAGCGCCACAUCUACCCCGCCAUCCUGCGGACAGAGCGGGAGGAGAGGGCCAUGGAGGCUUGGAUGAGCAUGCUGCCCAAUCACGACUUCCAGUCCACCAUUUCCAAGGCAGAGCACGGGAAAGACGUACUGCAAAAUGGCUGCCAUGCAUCAGCAGGGUGGGCACUACACAUUGAUGGAGGCGAGUUUCUCCCUCAUCACUGUAAAGCGUCUACAAAAAGCGAUUUAUAAAUGCAUCUAAUUACGUAUAGUAUUAUCUAUCUAUCUACCUGUCUGUCUGGCAGCCUGGCACUGCUUUGGAAUAGUACUUCAAAUCAUAUCAGAUGGAAUCUCUCUGGUCUGCAACAGUUGCCAAAACAAAAUGGCCCAACUCAAAGUACAGUAAUUUGCACAUUUUGUUCUUUGGGGAAAAAUGCAGUAUUUAUACAGAAAUACAGUGAAUUUCUUUAUUAGCCGUACUAGCUGGUUGUUAAGAGUUCUCACCAUGAAGUAGUGUGUGUGUGUGUGUGUGUGUUUGUGUUUGUUUAUAUAUAGCUGCUAUAUUGACUUGUUUUUUUUCCCCCCCUGAAGGAUGAAGAUAAAAAUGACCAUUCUUGUGAAACGACAAACCAGCUGAUUCUCUGAAGUUUUGAGGAGAAACCACCUUAGCAGGUUUCUUCCCUUGAAAUGAAUUCAGACCUGAGGGGUGUCUGGUGUGAACUUCAUACUGUUGAGAAAAUCCCUCAGAAAUUGAACAAUGAACUUCUUGGAUAAGCAGCCAUGAUUUUUUUUUUUAUCAGAACUGUACUAUAAUAAGCUGUUUUGCUAAUAUAAGCAUCUUGACCUGUUUUAAUUUGUACUUCAACAUUGUACAUUUAGUAGAGAAGGACAUGACCUUACCAAUGAAGAUGGCUGGAAAACCAUUUGAAAAACACGCUAAACAUUGUGUGGCUUUCAAUCUCACCAUUUAUUUAGUUUUCAUUUUCAUUUAUCGUUUGUCUUGGUGAAUUCCACUGGGAUAAAAUCUGUUGAAGGCCUUGGACAUUUUUCUGUGAGAUUUUAAAGUAAUGUGGCUUUGAUAAAUCUGAGGUUUGUACGGUCUUCCAUUUUAAUUGGCUGUAUAAAAGAACAUGCCUACUUUUUUUUCUCAUUUCUGAACAGCUGUGUUCUCAGGCACUUGAAAAUGUAUUUUUAAUUAUUGUGUAUUUACAUACAUUCUGUUGGGAUUCAAGGUGAAUUAAAAAAAAAAGAAAAAAAGAAAAUUCAUGUUGGAGACCAAGAUUUACCCUGUGAUCCCAUUGCAUGCACAUAAAACAAAAUGUAAAACAACCCAAAUUACCUCUAUUUGACUGUACAAAGUUCAAGUGGAUGACAUUAUUUGUGUCUUUUUUCCAAUAAAUUGUGAGAAGGUAGUGCUUA